AUGAGUUGCUGCGUGGCUUCUCCUCAGGCGCAGCUCGCGGACGCCCAGCGCGCCCUGAGCGAUGUGCGGAAAGCAUUGAGCGCCAGCAAGAAGGCUCUCGCGGAUGCGGAACGGUACCAACGGGAUCAAGCAGAGGCCUAUGCCAGCCUUCGUCGCUGUGUGGAUGGUGCUAAUGCGCCCAUCGUGGCAGUGGACCGAUAUGGUUUAAUCACUCGUUGGAACAAGAAGGCCGAGGAGGUCUUUCGAUGUCCCUCCGAGUCCGCAUUGAGGAGACCCUUCUCCGACUUCUUGGAACAUGGAAGUCAACUGGGCUUGGCAGACCUGCAGGCCGCAAUCGCAGCGAAGGCCUCCGCGUCCGGUUCCGCGCAGCUGCAACGGCGCUUCUGCGUGCGGCAGCGUGCAGCAGGGCAGCCCUGGUAUGAGGUCCUCUUUUCGGCCUCCAGUUGUCCCAGCAUCAGCAGUCGAGAUUCCUCAGGGGUGCUGUACAUCGGCCAGGAGCUCACUGAGCUCUUGAAGAACAGCAAUUCCGAGCUGACGAUGCAGGAUCGAUUGAUUCGUGAAGUAAAUGCCCCAUUGAUUGCCGUGGACAAGACCGGAGUGGUGGAGGAGUGGAACCGUGGCGCUGAACGGCUCUUCGGCUUCACCAAAGACGAAGCCGUUGGAAAGCGCCUGGUGCAACACUUCAUCGCCGAUGAGUUUUCAGACUCCGUGCAGACCAUGCUCUCACAGGGGAUGAAUGGCCAGGAGAUCACCAACUACGAGUUCUCGCUGUGGACGAAGAGUGGGCACCGCAAAGACAUCCUGUGGAGUGCCACGGGCCGCCGUGAUCGUCAUGGAAACAUCGUGGGCGUCAUCGGCAUCGGUCAUGACCGAGGGGAGAACUUGGGCAGGUGGAUUUACUUCAGCCCCAGCUUUCCCGACAUCACCGAGCUGCGCAGCGAGUCCAAGAUGCUGGCGAACUACGUGCGGAUCUGCGGCGCUGCGGUGUGGUCCCUGAAGGGCAACGCCAAGACCGGGGUGGUCACCGAUAGCAAGACCAGGGAGAUUGAACAUUUGAUUUCACAACAAGCGCAGAUGGACAUCUGCGAUCCCCGCAUGGUCCUGUGGCGUGCGUCCUUUGUGUCCAUCUUGAAGACGAUGUGUCAGAACUUCUGGAUGCGCCGCAAGGGCUUCCAGGAAGGUCAAGUCUUCCCUGAAAAGUUGAGCCCCAGCACCGAGAUUGUCACCACAGACUUUGGCUAUGAAUUCUGCUUCGAAGCUCCCAACGGGAGCGUGAAAUGGUACAAGGUGCAAGGGCAUUUGAUCCAAGAAUGCACGCUGGGAAGCCAGUUUGAGGUCACUGGCUCCAUGCAAGAAGUCACCUCGAUGCUCAUUGACAAAGUCAUGGGAGACAGGUGGCAGAAAUGGUGGAGCCGAAUGUGUCACAUGGUCUUCGAUGCCACCCUGCUGGUCGACACACAGGAAUAUCGUGUGCUGAAUGCAUGGGGUGAAGAGAAGGUCUUUGGGUGCAAACUCCAGUCGCAUCAUCCCCUGCUCCAACUUAUCAAACCCGAAGACACGGUGUCUCUGAAGGAGGCCUUCAACGAGGUGACCUUCAAAGGCUUCGAGCGCGGCCGGACGCUGCACUUGUUGCGUCCGGGAAAUCAACGUCCCUUGGGCCGUGGUUCAACGACGUCUGAAACAGGUGACACGCCGGCACAAUGCUUCCUGCUAUCUGCAGAUCAGGAGAAUCCCAAUGAAUGUAUGAUGGGCAUCCGGAUGCAGGUCACAGCUUCAGAUGAAAACGUCUCGGUGCUAUGGGACGUGGCCAAACCAAAUCCAGUGUUGACCCUAGAAGAUUUAGCUCGCCUGAAGAGCGGCUUGAAGCGCUCGCACCGCCGACCCUCACGGAACCUGCGGAACGUGCACCAGCGUUCGCACCGCUCCAGGUCAUCAGAUCCCAUUGCUUCUUCUCACUCACUCUCCAGCAUUCCUGAGGACCUGCACGGGGAGUUUGAAGAUGACGACGACGCGCGCUCCGUGUCCGACAUGUCCGACCGAGGUUCGGAGGCGGAGAACUCCUUCGCCGACGACAGCGAGAGCCGAUGCUCCAGUUCGGAGCACAGCUCAACGUCCAAUGACGAAGGCAUGUCGGAGGUGGGAGUUUGCAACUCCAGCCCGGCGAGAUCUGCCAGUGAGGACUUCGUCUCUGGCGCGCACCAUGAAUGGAGUUCCAAUCCUUUCAACCUCUCCCCAAAGAAGAGUCGGCAUCACGAAGCCUUCUUGCCCGGCUACGGCCCCAAGCAUGGAGGGAUGCCAGCCAGGAACUUGGCUCCCGGGGCUCCUCUACCUGUACAGCGGAAGGCCAGAGUGGGACCGCCCACGGUGAAGCUACGUUGGUCCGGUCAGUCUUUCUCGGUCAACUUGGAUGACUUUGCAUCGAUCAGCGAGCUGCGUGCGCAUAUUCAUCGAGUUACAGGAGUUCCUGCCAUACGGCAGACGCUGAUCCUAGGGGGUCGAAGGUUGCCGAUCAAUGAAGAUACGUCCCCACCGGUGAAUGAGCCAACAUGGCAAGAAAUCAAGGACUUGGUUCGUCCGGGGCAGUGCUUGAUGAUGGUGGGCAGUGUGGCCGUGACUUCUUUGAGUCCGAUUCAUCUCAGCAUUGUGGAUUCCUCCUAUGUGUACGCCAUUCCGCCUUGUGUUCGCUUUGGUCUGUUUCAGGUUGUCGAUCUCUGCUGUGGACUUGGUGGCUUCUCGUGUUUGCUUGGCAGGGUUGGCAUGAGACUGAAGUUUGGAGUAGACCAUAACGCUAAGUGGGAGCCUCUUUUUCGCUUGCUUCAUCAGCCUGAUGCUUGUUUCUUGCAUGGUGAUAUCAAUGAUCCGGCCAUUGUUCGAACCUUGGUUGAAGGAGGUUGCCUCCAUGGUGUUUUGUGUGCAGGAAUCAGCUGCAAUGCUCAUUCCAUCUUGGGUGAUCAGCUUGGCAUGAGUGACCCACGUUCACUGAGCUUACCAAAGGCUCUUCAGACAGCCUACAUGUUGCAAUCCGCUUGUUUUGUCCUUGAGUGCACCCCUGCCAUCAUGAGAGAUCAAGAAGCACAGACCAUCAUCAUGAAGUUUGCUGAAGCAACAGGGUACAGAGUUUCCCAAACAUUGGUCCAGCUUUCUAACUCUUGGUGCAGUCGGCGUGAGCGUUGGUUUGGCUUGUUUUGUGCUCCGCUGUUGGGUGCCUGCAAUCUUGUGGAUUUGCCUGCCUUGAAUGUCUGUCCAGUGGUCCGAGCUCUGAUGCCUGUCAUGCACACUUGGCCUGAACACGAACAAGCGCAGAUCAGUUUGAAUCUGUAUGAGUUGGCAAAGUACUAUAGCUAUGCCUCAGGUGGGAUUGCAAAUGCCUUUUUGCAGCCGGACGGCAAACUGCCUACUCUGUUGCACAGCACUGGCAAUGCUCUCUAUGAUUGCAGUUGUGGUUGUAGACCUGCUUUGAGUGAGGCUAGGCUGCAGAAUCGGGGAUUGAUUGGUAUCCUUGUGCCUACAGGAGGUUCACAGGUCCACAUGAAUCAGGUGAUGGAACACUGUAGGUAUUUGCACCCUGAAGAAAUGUUGUGUCUGAUGGGUGGAAUGCCAGGGCUUGAUUUUGGACCUCACUUGCGCUUGGCCAUGGGUGGAAUUGGACAAGCUGUUUCUCCAAUUGCCGGGCUUUGGAUUUUCGCCCAAAUCCGUCGCCAUUUGGAUUCCUUUUUGGAUUGCACUGACCGUUUGUGCCCUCACCAGGUCUUGUCUGCGUAUGUCCAUGAAGUGAAGCAGCGGUGUCUUGCAAAGUGGCCUCCCCCGAUCCCCCCUACUGUGCCUGACCCCAUUGUUGAGGUUGACGCUGAAAUGCUUGAGCUUGACUUGGUUUGUCCUGCUGAUGGUGACGUCAUCCAAACCAUCAGAUGUCCGACUGGCACCACCUGUGCUCAGCUUGUUGCUGCUGAAGCCAAGCUUGGAACGUUGGACUUUGACUUUGAGGUCACUGUGAAUGGUGAUCCCAUUGACUUGAACAAAUCGUUGGAUGAAAAGGUGCUUGUGACGUUGGUGCCUUCUGGAUGGGAUGUGCGGUCGCAGUAUGUAGAAGCUGUUGCGUGCUGUUUGGAUGAAGAUUGCACUGCUGAAGGGGACAGGCUUGGAGCGGUAGUGGCUCCUGGCGCUGAAGUGACCAGCAUUGGCCAGCUCUUGGACUUGCGUCGCAUUGUCAUGCCCCAGGCGCAGCGCCUGGAGAUCCUUUCGCGUCAGGGACCUACAUGGGGUGAUGAUGAGUUGCUCUAUUGGCUUGAGCACUGUGCAACUUCGGCUGAUGAGCUGCAGAAUGUGGUUGUUUGGGAUCCUUUGUUGAUUUCUGGGCUUGUGCUUGUUGACAACCCUGGCACAUGGGCGCAGCUCACUGCAGUGUUGGCAAAGGUUGUGACGGUGAUUUCUGCAGUUGUCAUUGAUCAGCAUUGGGUCCCUUUGGUGUGGAGACUUGAUGAGGUUGGUUGCAAGCUCUUCACUGGCUCCAUCAAGGAGUCUCAUGGUUCAGUGAUGCAGACCUUGGCACAGAUUCCUGGACUUGGUAGGAAUGGACAGCUUGGUGUAUGGACUUCUUUGGAUUUUGGAUUUCAGGUCACUUCCCACUGUGGUGCGGCUGUCAUUGCGUUUGUGCGUCAUUUACUGUUGGAAACCCCAAUGCCUCGAUCACAGGAUGCUGUGAACUCUCUGGCUAGUGCCUUGCGUUUGGACUUUGCCUCUGGGUUGCUUCAGCAGUGCAUGGUGCCCCGUCUUGCUGGUCUUGGUCAGGUUGACUUGGAAGCGUUGUGUGCUUUGUUGGUUCAACAAGGGGUUGCUGGUGAUGAAGUGAAACUGCGUGCUCAGACCCUUCUUUGUGCCUUGGGGGAUGGACCUGUGGCCAAAGCGCUUACUGCAGUCAAUCCUUGGCGGGAGCUCAAAUGGCUAGCAAACCAGCAGAGGCCACCGUUCCUGAUUGUCAAGCCCUCAGAAUUGAAUGAAAAGGUGAAACAGCGACAGGGCAAGGGAUCAGUUGGUCAGAAAUCACAUAAACAUGCCAAAGGCAAAGGAAAAGGCUCAAAGCCAGGGGUUGUGUCGUCCUUGGAUCCUACUCGACUUCGCUUGGAACUUGGUUUGCUUCAGAGCACUGAUGGGACCCCGCUUGCUCAGGUGUCUUUGCCCCAAGUUGCAUCGCAUGUCUCUGGAGUUGUGUUGACCACUUUGGCUUUGGCUGGACCGUACCUUCGGGCAGCCAGCAUCGUGUCCACUGGUGCACUUGCGUUCUUUUUGGUUGACACUGUCCUUCCGCUGACUUCGGGGUUGCGUUCCACGGUUGUGACUUUGCCUUUGAUCUGUGCUGAGAAUUCCGAACCUUUAUUGGUGGAAGGUUUGUUGGUUCAACUUGGUGCCACCCCGGUUUGUCGUCCGGAUUCCACAGUUGGCUGUCAGGUUCAGUCUAUCCCGACUUGCGUCGUCAAAUUCAUGGUGUUUCGGGACAUGAUUGUCGGUGAUUGGAAUCAGGUUGUGGCUCAUCCGUUGCAGUACAUCAUCCAAAAAGUUUGUCCUUUGCAGGUUUGUUCGGAUGAAGAGUGUCCAGGGUGUGAAGCUUGGCACCGUACGGAUCAGUUUCCAGUUGAUUCUCCUAUCCUUGAAGUUUGGGGUCGGCAGUGGAUGAAACAGACCUUUGCCUUUUGCAGUCCUGAAGAAGCCGAAGUUUAUGCUGUUCACUUGAGGCUUCCAGAAACGCUUCAAAUUUCUGUGCAGGAGUUUAGUGGUACCCAAGGGGUGUUUGCUGAACCCAAAACGGUUUGUGGCCGAAAACCCUCAACGGUUUUUCAGGUCAUUUGGACUCCACGUACUUCCUUGAGUCAGUUGGUCAUGCAGAGACAGACACUGCCUGAGGUCUGUGGCGUCGCACGUCUUGGGGCCAAACUUGGCUUGAGAUGCAGAGUUGAACAUGCGGCUGCUCUCUCAGCCAAGAUCCGUCCUGAACAGGUCUUUUUGCCAGCAGGUGAUCGAAUGACUUUUCUGGUGGGUCCAAUGCCUUAUGGUACUUUGCGGUCAUCCCUGACCAAGACACUGGGUGAUUUCGGAUGGACUGUCCGUCCUUUGCAGCCGGUUUCCACUGGGACACAAGUGCAGGGGCUCAUGUUUCGGGUCCAAGCCAUUGCAGAACCCCCCAAAAAGGUGCUGAGGAUGUCGCAUGGAGAUGUGGUCGUGACUCGUGAAACGGAAGUUGCCCAAGUUGCACCUGCUCUGCCGUCAGUUGUGGCUUCUCACAAUACUGUCUCCAAGGCCUCCUCUGACCAGAUGGUUGAUGAGCUGCAGAUUCAUGAUCCCUGGGCAAAGCCAGGCCCCAGGACUCAGAAGCUUGCACCGCAGACAGUGCACUUGCACAAUCCUUUGGAAGACAUGGAACAACGAGUUGUCUCAGCAGUGUUGGCGCAGCUCCCUCGUGCCAGCAUGGAUGUUGACAGUGAAGGGACUCAUGAUCCCAGGGUUGAUCACCUUGAAAAAGAGAUGCAUGAGCUGAAGCAGCAUGCCCAAUGCUUGCAGGAAUCCAUGUCCCAACAUGCGGCUGACCACAACAAGCAACUUCAUGAGGUUCGUGACCAGAUGCAGCAGCAGGGUGCCCAUUUUGAAGCAGCAAUUGCCAGCCAUGCUUCCCAACUGCAUGCUUUCCAAGAAUCGUUGUGUGCAGCUGCCUUCUUGCACUUGGCCCGUUGGCUGGACUCGGACUUAUGCCUGGGCUUUUGGGAAAGAAUCAGGUGCUCCUUGUCCCUCAAGGAAUCAGUAUAUGGCACAGGUUCGCAUACAGGUGUCAUGCUGCUGAGCCGAUUUCCAGCGCGAGCCUUGCCCCAACAGUUUGCUGAACAUACCUACAGCACAGCCAGGUUGCAGGUUGCCGGGAUGGUGGUUGGAGACACAUGGAUUACGGUUGGGAUGAUGUACGGUGUCACUGCCAAUGCACAACACAAACAGGCCAGGUAUACCACUGAGGUCUUGUUGGCCGAAUUGGUUGAACGAGUUGGGUAUCAGAGCACAGGACCAAGGAUCAUAGGUGGUGAUUUCAAUUUUGCAGCAACCGAGCUUGACCAAACACAGCGCCUCUUGGACUUGGGCUUUAGAGAGGUGCAAACACUUGCAGCACUUUGGUGGGGGCGGUCGGUUGUUCCUACGAGUCGAGGACGGAAGUGCAUUGACCAGCUUUGGAUUUCUCCUGAGUUGCAGGCACUGCUGACUGACGUCCAAGUACAUCAUGACAUGUGGUCUGACCAUGCUGCAGUUGUGGCUUCUUUUCGUUCACCGGGGGGUGGGGUGUUUGACUACUGGCGUGUUCCUCAGCAGUAUCCUUGGCCAUCUGAUGGGACUUGUUCAGUUGAUUUUGAUGUCGAGGGUGACUUGACAGCUGAGUAUGCCAAGUUUUGGAAUCAGGUUGAAACGCAAGCGCAAUUGUGGAAUUCGCACCAUGGACUUGUGUGCAAGCGCUCUCAACUUGGCAGGGGUCAAACUUUGGAAACGGUCCCUCGAAAGCCCUAUCAGGUACCCCGCCGAAAAGCCAGAGUGGGCGAGGUUGCUCCGACUUUCCUCGGGGUUAGCCUCCAACAUGCCAGGUAUUUCAAACAAUUGAGGCGUCUUCAAGCCUUGUCUCAACAGCUUAGGUCUGGACUUGGUACCUUGAAUUCUCAGUUGAACCGAGAGGCUACUUGGAGGGCGAUCCGGUUUGCAGCGGGCUUUCCUGGAGGAUUUGGCAUCUGGUGGGGCGUGCAGGGGUUGAGUCCCGUCUGGCCGGUUGGACUUCCGUUGGUGUGCCCUUCUGCUACUGACCUUGGGGCUAUGUUUGAGUCUAUGGCGGCAUGGGUUAAGCAAUAUGAGAUCCGUCUUGCCCAGCGCAGAUAUCAGUUUGGCAAACAACGUCGCGUUGAUAGCCUUAAAUAUGUUUUCAGUGACUGCAAGCUUGCUCCUGCUCCACAGGUUGAUACUUUGAUUGACCGUCUUGAGGUGGCCAUAGAAGAGGUGCGGGUAGAGGAGAGUGCACUCGUGUUGGUGCGUGCGGUUCGGUUGUUGCCUGACCUUCCCGUUGUUGUCCAAGGGCGUGUCAUGCAGGUCAUCCAUCAUGAGGCCGAUCAGAUUUGGGUUGAAGAUGUGUCGGGGGUCGUCGCUGGCCAGUUGCUGAUCCAAGAAAAGGCUACCACAUCUGAGGCCGCUAUUAUUGCUCGGUUUCAUGAUGUUUGGGAGCCCCGCUGGAACAAAGCCCAUCAUGUUUCACCGGGGCAAUGGGAUCAAAUCUGUGGUUUUGCCGAGCGUGUGAUGAAACCACUUGAGUGGCAGUCGCAACCUUGGACUUUGCAGCGAUUUGUAACGGCUGUUUCGCGCAAGAAGAAAACGUCUGGAAGGGGUCCGGAUGGGGUUUCACAGCCUGACCUGGCUGCACUUCCUGCUACGGCAGCGGCUGCUUGUGUUUCUAUGUUUGAAGCGGUUGAGGGGGGCAAGCGUUGGCCUGAGCAACUGGCCGCGGGCUAUGUCAAUAGCCUGGCAAAACACCUUCAAGCCCAACAUGUUGAUGAGUUUCGGCCAGUUACGGUGUACAGCCUUCUUUACCGGAUUUGGUCCACAGAGAGAGCCAGGGAAGCUCUCAGAACUGUUGCAGCGGUGAUCCCAGAUAGUGUUCAGGGCGGGGUACCGGGGAGGCAAGCCAAAGCCAUCUGGUAUGAUGUGGCACAGACAUUGGAAUUUGCGUUUCUUGAUGGCUGUGCGGUGCAUGGUGUGUUGUUGGACAUUUCCAAAGCGUUCAACGCUAUCCCUAGGUAUCCCCUUUGGUUUGCACUUCGGCUCAUGGAUUUUCCUGUCGGUGUGAUGCGGGCUUGGUGUUGCUUUGUGUCGGCCCAGACACGUAGGUUCAAGGUACGGCAGGCAGUUGGCAAAGCAGUGGGCUCCAAUUGUGGACUUCCUGAGGGGUGUGGCCUCUCUGUCUUUGGUAUGAUCAUUGUUGAUUGGCUUUUGGACUUGUGGUUAGCUCAGCUGAACAAAGGGAUCAACUUGAAGGCAUUCAUCGAUGACUGGGGGCUGAGAUUCCACUCAGUUUUGGACUUCCCCUUGCUGUGGUCUAAAGUUCAGGACUUUGUGACUGCCAUGGAUUUGUCGUUGGACUUGAAGAAAUCGCGCCUCUGGAGUACAGAUGGUGCAGCCCGAGCUGACUUGCGUGAUUUUGAUGUAACACUGGCUCACUUUGCCCGCAACCUUGGGGCUCACCAGAACUUCACACGUCACUGUUGGAAUUCUGUUCUCCAAGAGCGCCUGCGCACCAUGCCUCAGGUUUGGACUUUGUUGCGUGCCAGUUUGUCUCCCUAUCACCUCAAGCUCAAAGCACUGCCAAUUUUGGGGUGGCCCCGUGCGCUUCACGGGAUUGCGGUCGUGCACCUUGGUCAGGCUCACUAUCGGGUCUUGCGGUCGGGCGCCAUGAGGGGCCUGCGUGCAGAGCGGAAGGGUGCCAACCCUGUCCUUCACUUGGCCAGUGGUCAGUUUUUGGCCGACCCAGAAGCCUGGGCGAUUUGUCAGACCUUUCGGGAUGCGCGGGAACUUGGUGGCUAUGAGCGCAUGGAGCAAAUCCUUGGGCUUUUCACUGACUCAGCAGACAUGUUGCCCAAGAAUGGGCCAACCGCGGUGUUGCUGUCCCGUAUACGUCGCCUUGGUUGGGUCGUUGGAGGUGGUGGACUUAUCCAAGAUAGUCUCGGUACUUUCUCCCUGUUUGAUGCGGCGUGGGAUGAAAUUGGUGUUCGUAUGCGUUUGGCUUGGUCUCAUGUUCUUUCGGUUGAAGCCGCCCAUCGGCCUACCUUUGGUGGUUUGGACUCGGUUGAUGUUGUCGCUACCCAACAAGCAGUUGAGCAUUUCAGCCCGGCAGAUCAAGUUUAUCUCCGUUGCCAUCUUGACGGGACGUUAUUUGUUCAAAACGGCAGGGCCAAGUUCCAACCUGGCGUCUCAGAUGUUUGUCCUUGGUGUGGUCAAAAAGAUGGAUUUCUGCAUCGGGCUUGGGUUUGUGUCCAUUUUGAGCAUUGCAGGGGUCAUUUCACACCUGCCCAGAGGCGUGCUGCUUUGGACUUGCCGGAGUGCUUCUCUGUCCAUGGUUGGGCCGUUGUCCUUGAGGAGUGGCGUGUCUUUGUCGGUCUUCUCCUUCAGGAUUCAGGGUUCUCACGGAUGUCACCUGUUGGCCUACCCAAACUUGCAACUUCCCAGUGGUGUGACUUGUUUCUUGAUGGCACGUGUGCUCACCCAAAAGAACCUAUGCUGCGUUUUGCGGCUUGGGCGGUGACUCUGGCCAGUGGUGGCCCUGGUGUGUUGGACAAUCAGCUCACUCUUGCAGGACAUGUUACUGGCCUUUGUCAAUCGGCUUUUCGUGCAGAAUUGAUGGCAGUCUAUGAAGCACUGCGAUGGGCAUCUCAGAGGUGCCUACGAGUCAGGUUGUGGAGUGACUGUCUGGGGGUGGUUCAAGGGGUUCGAAGACUGCUUUCAGGAGGAGUCGUCAAACCUAACAAAGCGCAUUCAGAUUUGUGGAGAGCCAUUGCCUCAAUUUUGCAUGAGGGGGUGAUUGAGGUGCAGAUUAUCAAAGUGGUUUCACAUUGCAGCAUUCGCUCCGCUACCAACUGUGAAGAGGAAUGGGCAUAUUGGCACAACCAACUCACUGAUCAGGCCGCUGUUGCGGUGAACACAAGGCGACCAGACGAGUUUUGGGUAGCGUGGGAUGCGCUAUCGAUUGCGCUGACCGAGCGGCGCAAGCUACACAUGGCAGUUUUGCAGAUGCUACUGAAACAGAGUCGUUUUGCUCACAGGGCCCAGCAGAAAGAAACCAAAUCAGUUGUCCCAGUCGCUAGUACGCCUGUCGCUAGUACGCCUGUCGCUAGUACGCCUGUCGCUAGUACGCCUGUCGCUAGUACGCCUGUGGUAGUUGCACUGCCGACCCCACCGGUGUGGAAAAACCCAGAAAAGAUGUGGAAGCGCUAUGGGCGCGUCAAUGUGGAUGCCAUUCAUGCGUGGUGGUCUGAAUGUGGUACAGCUGCAUUUGCUGGCACUGAGGCAAUCAAACUGGUUGUCAUCUUCCCCGCAAUUUCAGAGCAUCAGAGCUUCCAAAAAAAGGCCCCGGGGAAUCUCCGUGGAAUCGGUGGAAAAUUCCCUGGGUCUCCGGGAUCACUGAGGAUCAUGGCUAAACCUGGCCAUGUGCAAGAUGGGAUUACCAAUCACUGUGCCCUGCAGCCACCCAAUGCCAGUGUGCUGGCAACCUUCAAAACUUUGCUCUGCAUUUUGGGCGCCUGGUGGUUCGCGACUUCAUCCAGAUGCGUGACUAUGUGCAACUUGCCUGUUGGCAUCGCAGCUUCCUUGAAAGCAAUGCAUGACUUCAACCUCGACAGCGACUUUGGGGCGGCGCGGCCUGCAAGUCAGCCGCAAGGAUGUUAUGAUUUGACAGACCCAGUUUGCAGUCCGCUGCCCAAAGUUAUGUUUGGAUCGUGCAGGCAAGCCUUGAAUUAUAUAGCUGCGUGGGUCAUCUUCUAUGCCGCUUCUGGGCGUGUUGGCGACAAUAUAGAGCAGCACCCGACAGUGAUUGUAUGA